GCGCUACACUCGACCGAGGCCCUGAUGGCGGGCUUUCUCAAAUCGACCGACCUCGGUCCGCACGGGCCCCACGGGUAUGGCGGUUCGCACCAUCCGCACCAUGGCCAUCCGCACGGACCGCUGCCGCCCGGAAUGCCUAUGACAUCGCUAGCUCCGUUCGGUUUACCCCACGGGCUCGAUGCCGUAGGGUUCCCGCAAGGUAUGUGGGGAGUCAAUCCUCGGAAGCAACGACGAGAGCGGACAACGUUCACCCGCACCCAGCUGGACGUUCUGGAAGGGCUGUUCGGCAAGACGCGCUACCCGGAUAUUUUCAUGCGCGAGGAAGUCGCCAUGAAGAUUAACCUGCCUGAAUCACGAGUACAGGUUUGGUUCAAAAACCGGCGCGCCAAAUGUCGUCAGCAACUUCAGCAUCAGACCUCUUCGAAUCUCAACAGUAGCAAAUCGUCCAGCAACACGUCCAGCUCAUCGACGAGGCAAUCCGGAACGGGAACCGGCUCUGCGUCGUCCUCCUCGAACAACAACAAUAACAACCACACUUCAGGCGGCGGCGGCGGUGGCACUGGCGGUAGCAACAAAAGUUCAUCGAUAGCCAACGCCAACAACAAACCGACGAUCAAACACACACCGAUGAACAACCACAACAGCGCGGGCAACAACAGUGGCAGUGGGCCCGGGACCGCCGGCAAUAGUGCAAACAACAAUACCAGUAGUCACAACGGUGCCAGUUUAGGAAUAACACAUAGUAACGCCUCUCCGAUUCUGCCGAUAACGCCGUCGACAUCGGUGAGUCCUCCGAUUAACGUGAUCUGCAAAAAGGAGCAACCGUCCUUCCAUCAUGGCUCCGCCAACGACGCGAUGAAGGGCGCGUCCGGUUACGACCUGCUCAAGGAGUCCGAUAUGAGCCUGUCCCAUCACACACAGGCCUACUUGAACAUCAACUCACGGUUAGGGCAAUCGUUAGGCACCGGCGGAGCCGGGGUAUCCAACGGUCCGUCGGCCGGCAAUCUCACUCCCCUCGGUUCGAACUCCUCGAUCAUGACUACACCGUCGCCUCCCAUCACCCCGCAAACCUCUCACAACCCGCUCUCGUAUGUGCCAAACCACGAAACGUAUAACUUUUGGCACAACCAGUACCAGCAGUACCCGAACAACUACAAUACGUCAUCCUACUACAGCCAGAUGGACUACUUCCAGAACCAGAACCAGAGCAACUACAACAUGGGCCAUACGGGCUACACGACGUCCGCCAACUUCGGCCUCGCGUCGACUUCCGCUCUGGCAGGUCCCAUGGGUGGUCAGGCCUUCAGUCCCAGCGGGCUGGAUUACAUGAAUCCCCAGGACAAGUAUGUAAAUAUGGUAGGAUAA